AUGAAGAAUUUUUUAGUGAGAAUCAAAAAAAUGAAGAUAAACGACGUAGCGUCUCCUCUCGUUCGCGUAACACACCAUGAUCAAAUAUCGCCGGUCUGGGAGAACGAACACAACGUGCCUAUCUAUGGGAAACACGACGAGCUGUUCGGAACGUUCCACAUAAUUUUUUAUAAGAAAAUUUUUCUGUUCGAACAGAACAUUGGAUUUGUGGAGAUACGUAAUUCCAUGCUUAUCGCUGACACAGAAUUGUCCCUGGACAUAGUUGACAUAGGUUUUAUGAACACGUACAUCACAAUAAACUCAAAGUACAAGACAAUCGGGAAGAUACAGAUCGAAAUUCAGUCAAACGAUACCGAACACAAUGAUGUGAGACCGCCAAAACUAAAUAUCUUCACAAACGUGCUGUCCAAUAACAAAAUAUUUUUCUUGGCAGGUCUCAUUGUACCUCUUGUUCAUGGAUCUAACACAUGCAGAUUGAAAUGCCUGAAAGGAUUGUAUGUUUUAAUACGGAUGUAUUUGAAUGGCUGCAAAAACAAAGAAGAGUUUGUUGGUGCUAUUAGUGCAGUUGAUAGAAACAUUUCGAGUAACCAAGAAACCAAGAAGAAUAUGCUAUUCCAAGAAAUCACCAAAUCUGGAAUCGAUAGCGAUAAAAACACCAGAGCAAAAAAGAAAAACACAGUAAAAUACGUUAAUAACAGACACAAAAACAUCAAGGGACACACACAUUCGCCCAGUAAUUUGAAUAGCUAUAAGCUGAAAGACAUCAAUUUUUACAAAAAAUUGUACAUUUACUAUUACUUCGCGGUAGCAACUUAUUCCAGUCCUUUAGUGUUGUUUCAAAUCAAACCGCAAAUCAAGGUGGUAACAAAUGCGGAUGCGAAUAAAAAUAAUAUCGGUUUGGAGACUAAUGCAAGAACAAAUUUAGAUACACAGAAAUUCACAAAGAUAUUGGAUAAUUUUUUAUCAGAAAGCAUUCCGCAUGUCACAAUCAACAAUAUUUCUAAGUUGCGCGCCAAGAUAUUAUCCUUUUUAAAUAUCAAAGACAACAAUCUACUGGAAAUAAAACUGGAAGACUCGGUGCCACAUCUCAAGUUUAAACACAAGAACAAGCUAAUGGUAUCAUUUCGAGGCACAGAAUCAGCCGAUGAUAUUCUUGCAGAUGUAAGCUGUGAUUACGUCGAGUUUCUGGAUGGGUAUGCGCAUCGCGGUAUUCUUGAACUUGCCAAAAAAUUCUUGGAAAAGCAUGAAGCUGUGCUAGACCACUACAUGAAAACCUUGAAACUAAAAAAGAUUGUGUUCGUGGGACAUUCUUUGGGUGGUGCUAUAGCCUGCUUGGUUUCAAUUCUGCUGACCACAAAGAGUUACGCACAUCCAACGUCUGUAAUCUCCUUCUCAUCGCCGCCAUUUCUCUCAUAUAACCUUGCAAAAAGAUUUGACUCGAUAAGAAUCUUUGUCCUUGGCAGCGAUGUAUUUCCCAGAUUGUCGUAUGGAUCAGUCCUUGAUUUCAAGUAUUUGACUGCUGCCAUCGGAACAGCUGACAAUUUGAUAAAGGAAAAUGAUGCACAACAACUCCGAUUGUUUAUCAAAAAGAUUAAGAAACAUCUGAGGAAGUCGGAACUGCAUCCCAAACUUUUCCUUCCGGGUAAUAUAUACCAUAUGCAGGCUGACAAGCAUUAUUUAUACGUCAGCAAGGUUAAGCGCUCAUCUUUUGAUAGUAUCGUGGUAGAUGCUGACUUUUUUAAGGACCAUAUGCCCAGCGUUUUUCUUGGGAAGAUAAAAAACACGGUGGUGCGCCUGAUGAAGGACGGCAAGGAUACAAUCAAAUAGUUCAGUCAUAAUAUGAACGUAUAACACAGGUUGUUUAGUUCAAUAAAAUUUAUCGUGUAU